GGCACCGUUACCCUGGAUAAAAAUUGAAGCACCAGAAAAACCACCCGAUCCACGGACACUCUACCAAAUGACGUUCGUAAAUGAUGCAGAGUUAUGUCCAAGUAUUACUUUUGACAAAACGGAAACCCUAGACGGCCACAGACUUCAAAUCCAAACAAGUACCGAGGUGUCGAAGAACACACAAACUUUUUACGACAUAAUACUUUCAUUCAUGAAUAUUACUCCUGUUGCAUACAAACCUUCUCGGCUAAAAUUCGAUUCACUAAAAGUGCAGGACCCUUCACUCCUUAGAGAAAAAAACACUAAAGUCUCAAACAUUAUUCCGUUUUAUCAGCAACGCGGUUUCGUUAUCGUGACCCAAAAACAAAGAAUCAUUCCGACUUUCAACCAAGUAGUUGAUAAUUUCUUCACUUAUCAAAAUAUAAUCAUGUCGUCUGUUAUUUUGGUAUUCAUAUUUGCUAUGAUUCUGGUGAACCACAAGUACGAUUUCGGUGCAGCUGCCUUAGAUCUCUUGGCUCUGAUAUUAAACAUGGGGAUGAUGAUCCCCAUCAACAAGUUGACGAUGCGCAUAACUUUCAUAAGCGCGACCCUGUUCGCUUUGAUUUUCAACCCGGCGUUGCAGGGUCAACUGACCUCUAUUUUGACCAAACCGGGCAGCAGGAAUGUUGAAAAUUUGAAGGAUCUACGCGAUAACGGUUAUCACAUUUAUUCGUCUUCUCCCUACGUCCUAAAUGAAUUAAUUGACAGUAAGCUAUGGGAUGAUGAGUCUUUCGAAAAAUACGUGCACCCAACACUCGCAACUACUCCCACAAAAUGCCUGGAUGACGCGGAAAAAAAUUCGUCUAUUGCCUGUUUGGUUGACUUCGGGCUUUUUGAUAAAAUAAAACCCGACUUCCACAUUUCGAAAGAGUUUUCUUACAACUACUACGUGUAUGUGACUCCCCGAACUUGGCCGCUGAGUAAAAGAAUGAAUAAGAUAGCUAUGAAGUUGUUCGAAAGCGGCCAGUCGAGUUAUUUCGAGAACCGGAGUUCGUUCCGAAAUUUGAUGAAACAGAGAAAAAAAUUGAAAAAAAUCAGAGCGCUGCAACAGUACGAUCAGUUGAAUCUUGAAAAUUCCGCGUUAGUUUACAUUUCGAUAGCACUGUCCGCAGCCUGGGCGAUUCUCGUUUUUGGUAUCGAAGUUAUGAUCAGAAAGAUCGAAGUCCGUUUGGAUAAGCGGUUAAAACAGGCAGCGGUGGAAAAAUUGACGAUCAGAAAAAGAAUUAUGGCUACCGUUAAUAGAAUAACUUUUCUUGAUCAACAAGUUUAAUUGACAGCUAUUCUCUCUCGAGAGGUAAUCGACGUUUAGACAGAAGAAAAACUAUUAAUUAUCGUUGAAUUUUAAAUUCUUAGAAAUAUUAUUUGUUCGAGGGUGAUAGUGUAAAUCAUUGUAAUGUUGGAAGAGGUGCCAGGGCAAAAUAGGACAUUAUUUGAAAGGAAAGGAAACUUCCAUUAACAUUAGAAAAUGUGUGAGCAAUUUUCCCUGAUCAUGUGCACAAAUAAGUAAACGAUUUUGAGUAAAAACAAAUCUUUAGUUUUUAAACAAAAGCAAUUUUUCCCUGAUAUUUUGACCAUAUGGUUGCUGUUUGAAAAAUUCAAUAAUUUGUUACGAUCCGAUGUAUUCUAGUGAUAAUUAAAUAAUUUAUACUCUCACGCAAUAACUCAUCCGCAAUUUUUAUGCAGGAUGGCAUCAAUAUAUUGAUUGCUUUCAAUCCAGUUUUAAUUCAUU